CAAAAAGUUGGUAACGUGUGUUUUGGCUACGGUGGGCAAGUUCCGCCGAUUGCGUUGAUUGCGUCCAUUGGAGAAAAUCGUCCCUUUGUCUAGCUGUGUAAAGCGGCGAGUCUGUUUAUUCUGUAGUUGAAAAAUUUGCAAAAAUAAAAGGAGUAUCCCGGCACCCGGGCGGCUCUCAUUGAGGUCCGGUAACAAUCCCACCGAUCAGGAUGAAGCUGGUCGACCACGUGGUGAGAAGUUUCAAGGUGGCGAAAGUCUUCCGCGAGAACACUGACAAAAUAAACAGUAUAGAUUUCUCCCCAAGCGGUGAUACAUUAAUAUCAUGCUCAGAGGACGACCAAAUAGUAAUCUACGACUGCGAAAAAGGGACUCAAGUCCGAACAGUAAACUCGAAGAAGUAUGGUGUUGAUCACAUUCACUUUACGCAUGCAAAAAAUACAGCGAUACACAGUAGUACCAAGGUAGAUGACACGAUACGUUACCUCUCCCUUCACGACAACAAGUACAUCCGAUACUUUCCUGGUCACACUAAAAAGGUUGUUUCUCUAUGCAUCUCUCCUAUUGAAGAUACCUUCCUCUCCGGUUCCCUCGACAAGACGCUGCGUCUCUGGGACCUCAAGUCACCAAACUGUCAAGGAUUGAUGCAACUAUCCGGUCGCCCAGUUGCUGCGUAUGAUCCGGAAGGUCUGAUUUUUGCUGCUGGUGUUAAUUCAGAGUGUGUCAAGCUUUAUGAUCUCCGUAGCUUCGACAAGGGUCCCUUUGUAACUUUCAAAUUGUCUCAAGAAAAGGAAUGUGACUGGACAGGUCUCAAAUUCAGUAGAGAUGGAAAGACCAUUCUUAUAUCUACCAAUGGAAGUAUAAUUCGGCUGAUAGAUGCUUUUCACGGUACACCGCUACAGACAUUUACUGGACAUCUGAACAACAAGGGAAUACCAAUCGAGGCUAGUUUCAGUCCGGAUUCACAGUUUGUUUUCAGUGGGUCUACAGAUGGUAGAGUUCACGUAUGGAACGCAGAUACUGGAUGCAAAAUAUGUGUUCUUAAUGGUGAUCACCCUGCCCCAGUUCAGUGCAUUCAGUUUAAUCCAAAAUAUAUGAUGCUGGCAUCUGCGUGCACCAACAUGGCAUUCUGGCUACCUACUGUUGAAGAGACCGCAUAAGAAACCGUAAAGAACUUUUAUUGCCUGGUGUGAUACCUACGGUCAUUUUUACCCAACCCACGAAGGACAGAGAGGUUAAAAAGAGGAGCCCCUGACUAGACAUUACCUUGAUUAGGUAAAAGAUGCAACAACAUUGUACUUGGAAGCCUUUCAGUAAAAAAGGUGAAGCACGUCCCUUCGACCAAAAAAAAAAAAAGCCUCGUGCUGAUUCCUGGGAGAAGAAUUAAAAAGAUUUCAACAUCGCCAAACAGAUCAUAUGCAUAUCGCUCAAAGGAGAUUGCAUGGUCCCAUGCACAUAGCGUUACACCACAUUGCUGCUCUGAACUUACAAAUCUACACAUUAUCUGACAACUAUCCAUUGAUCAAGUAUGAUUCUUUUAUCAUUAGAUUCAAAAUUAAUGUGGCAGCUACAGGUAUGAUAAUUUGGUGAAAACAAAUUGGGUCUAGGUUUUUUUCUGAUUCGAACUUCUGGGAUAUGGGAGCCUCUUUGACGAACUUCAAAUAUUACGAAUGAACUAAUAGAUAUAUAUACAUAUGUUUAUUAUAUAUAUAUGUAAUAGUUUUGACUUGUAUAUCAUAAACUUGACGACUAACGUGAGACACAUAUGUAUUUAUCGUUCCAUUCUCCGUUACAUUGUUUAAACACAAGCUGGACAUAUUCUUGUAAAUGGCGCGAUUCACGGCGUCAUAGCGCUCGAAAAUAUCUUGAAUACUCCUUCAAAUCCUGCUAAGUAAGAUCUUCAUUAAACAGCAUCACUAAAUGGUUAGAAUGGUCAAAGUGAUGACAUGCUGUUCCAUACCUUGUAUCUUUCCGAUCAAGAAAAUACUUGCGCUUCAUCAAGUUUAUGUACUUGAAAAUAACACUGAAGCUCUGUAAAAUAACGGACAUGCAAAGAUAUGUAUAAAUAACUACAUUGAUUCCUCUGUCAAUUCAAUUAUUGUGUAUUAGAUGGAGGCAUUUGAUAACAUUCAGAUCCAAGAGAAUAUUACUGACGCAGGACGAAUCUCUGCAACUGAGAUAUGGUACUUGCGACGAUGUUUGUACGAUACGAUACCACCGUAGUGUAAUAAUAUAUAUAACUAUUGAAAUAAUACGAUAGUUUAAGAACUAUAGAAAGCUUCUCCAUUUUCUGUGUAAAUACGAUACACCAUUGUUUCCAUUAGAAGACUAAUAUUAUCCAUAAUUUUAUGUAAGAAUAUAACUUUUAUUAUUUCUGUGGCACGCGUGCUUGUACGAUCAUUAAGUGUGACUCUCGUGCGAACGAAUGUACGAAUGUUCUGUAAGAUAGUAUUUUUAUAAUGGCAUAUGUGUAAUCCGAAUACGAUUAAUUGAAAGAUGAGUAAUAAAUAUUACCUAUGUGUUAUCUGCAUAAUGUUACAAAGUCCAAUAGAAGUCUCACUAGAACAUCUAGUGUAUAAGAUUUUUAACGCAUGUUCAUUAGCCACUAAUUAAUUUACUAAGAAUUAGUAGCUUCUUUGCACUUGCUACAACGUGUUUCGAUAUAAGUUUACCAGAAAAGUAUAAAAAAAUCUACGUUCUGUAAAAGAGAAGACGGUCUUUGAUUUUAUUCAAUGACAUAAAAUGAAUACUUUCAUUCAGUGAAAAUGUGGUUUCACGACUACUAUCAACAUUGAUGAUGUAAAUCAUCUCAUUUUUCUACCGCCUAAUAUUCGUUAGAACUCUUAGUCCCAAGAGAUAAUUUUUAAAUCGAAUUAACGCAUUAUUGUUUCCCCGUUAAGAUCAGCGGUUGCAUUUAUUUUUACUAAUAGAUUUCAUUUAAAAUCUAAUCUUCUGAAACUUGUUCCAAACAAGCAAUACAGUUUUAACGGUGUAUAUUUUUAUAAUAAAGAAAAAAAAAUAAUUAUUCAGAUUCACUUGACGAGAACCUAGGCUGUGUUUGUAAGUAUACAAACAUUUUUCUUGCAAUAUGCCUGGCGAAAUAUUUAGCAAGUAUCUAAUUAAAAAUAUAGAAAAUGAUAUUCGCGCAAGGCGUGAUUCGAAAUUACUUGUACAUUAUAGGACCGACCGAAACACUUCUCAACAAUUAUGGUAGGUAGAUUGUUGAGUACAUCAAACGGAUUGAAAAAAAUUCUUUUUAUUCUAGUGAAAACUGUAGCUUGAAUAAUAUACAGAUAAAUUUGAUCAAUAAAACAUACCUGUCUUUUGGAAA